CCUCGGUGCACUUUUCCAAAGUUUGUGUGUUAUCAAUGACCGAUUUAUUCCGCGCUUCGGUGUAAAUGAGUGCGCAUUGGUAGUGUAAAGAAGUGUUAUUGGUGUGGGAUUACAGUUUAGCGAAAAUGCCGGAAGAAGCGAUCAAAAAUGAAGGUGAAAUCGAAAACGUACGGGUGGUCGUACGGGUUCGUCCGAUGGACAAAAACGAGCUCGACUCCGGCAGCCAGAAUGUAAUCAAGGUGGACAAAGCGAACCGGUGCAUCACCGUCGUCAAACCGAACGCAAACUCCAGCGAGCCACCGAAAAUUUACUAUUUUGAUAACGUUUUUGGCGAGGAUUCGACACAGAUUGAUCUCUACGUUGAUACAGCCCGUCCGAUCGUGGAUAAGGUACUGGAAGGCUAUAAUGGCACCAUCCUGGCGUACGGGCAAACCGGCACCGGCAAGACGUACACCAUGUCGGGCAACCCGGAGUCACCGCAAACGAAGGGCAUCAUUCCGAACACGUUCGCGCACAUCUUCGGGCACAUUGCGCGCGGCAAGGAGAACCAAAAGUUUCUCGUACGCGUCAGCUACAUGGAGAUCUACAACGAGGAGGUGCGCGAUCUGCUCGGCAAGGAGCUGAACAAGAGUCUGGAGGUGAAGGAGCGUGCCGACAUCGGCGUGUUCGUGAAGGACCUGAGCGGGUACGUCGUGCACAAUGCGGACGAUCUGGACAACAUCAUGAAGCUGGGCAACAAGAACCGCGUGGUCGGCGCGACGAAGAUGAACUCGGAGUCGUCCCGUUCCCACGCUAUCUUCUCGAUCACGGUCGAGUCGAGCGAGACGGACGAGGCGGGGCGGCAGUACGUGCGCAUGGGCAAGCUGCAGCUGGUCGAUCUGGCCGGCUCGGAGCGGCAGAGCAAAACGCAAUCGUCCGGCUUACGGCUGAAGGAGGCGACCAAGAUCAACCUGUCGCUGUCGGUGCUGGGGAACGUAAUAAGCGCGCUGGUCGAUGGGAAGAGCACGCACAUUCCGUACCGCAACUCGAAGCUGACGCGGCUGCUACAGGAUUCGCUCGGUGGCAACAGCAAGACGGUGAUGUGCGCUAGCGUUAGUCCGGCCGAUUCGAACUACGUCGAGACGAUCUCGACGCUGCGGUACGCGUGCCGUGCGAAGAGCAUCCAGAACCUGGCGCACAUCAACGAGGAACCGAAGGAUGCCCUGCUGCGUCAUUUCCAGGAAGAAAUUGAAGAACUGAAGCGCCAGCUGGAGGAAGGCAUCUUCCAGAACGGGCUUGAGAGUGGUGAAGAGGAGGAGGAGGAGGACGAAGGGGAAGAUGAAGGGGACGAGGAGGACCCGGUGGAGGAUGAGUGUGAUCCGGAUGAGGAUCGGGAGCGGGAACGCUUGGAGCGCAAGGAGAAACGUCGCAAGGAGCGGGCCCGCGAGCGGAAGGAAAAGAGUGACGCCGAGAAGGAGCUGCUUGAGAAAAAGGCUAUGGAGAAUCAACAGGAACUGAAGAAGGCUAAGUCCGAGCAGGAUCAACUGCGUGCGAAGCUUUCCUCGCUGGAGAACAAAAUCCUGGUCGGUGGUGAAAAUCUGCUGGAAAAAGCGAAAGAGCAGGAGCUCCUGCUCGAAAACUCAAUCACCGAGCUGGAGCAGCGCACCAAAACCGAGCGGGAGCUGAAGGAAAACCUGCAGAAGAUCGAAGCCGAGCGGAUCGAUAUCGAGGAGCGGUACAGCUCGCUGCAGGAGGAAUGCGUCGGCAAAACGAAGAAACUGCAGCGCGUCAUGUCGAUGCUGAUGAGCAUCAAGUCGGAGCUGGCCGACCAGCAGCAGGAGCAGCAGCGCGAAAAGGAGGGCAUUUACGAGAACAUUCGCAGCCUAUCGCGGGAGCUGGCACUCUGCGAGCUGGUCAUCAAUUCCUACAUUCCUAAGGAGUACCAGAACAUGAUCGAGAAGUUCACGCACUGGAAUGAGGACAUUGGCGAGUGGCAACUGAAGUGUGUCGCCUAUACCGGCAACAAUAUGCGCAAAAACAUACCGGAACCAAAGGUCAACACCAAAGAGACGGAUCUGACCGAUCUGUCACACGUGUAUCUGAGCUACAACACGGAAUCGGUUGUGGAACCGAUGCGUGCGAAAACGGCCCGACCACGCACCUCCGGCAUUGCGCGUCCAACGACCGCCCGAAAGUAUUACUAGGAGGCUUCGAAAAUGGAGCGGGGAAAGCCGUCGCUGCAGCCAAUUGAGGCUCCGUUCUUUUUUUGUUUAAGGCAAACCAAUUUGCUUUGGUUAUGAUGAUUUCAACUCAUCCUUAUCCUAUCCUCAUCCUAAUCACAACUCACAACUAUUUCACGCCGCUUGUUUGUUUGUGUUUUUGUUUAUUUAGUUCUGUGGUCCUUAAAGUGUGUGUAUGUGUUUAUAAUAAUCAUGCUUAAUGAGCUUUUUUCUGCUAAAGCGAACAAAUUGCUCAUGCUGCUGGAGCACCUUGAAGGAUCGCUGGUACAGUGAUGGACUUCUUGGCAGUUGUUGGCAGCAGCAGCCACGAGCAACGUACUGAGUUAGUUAUUUUAGUGGUGAGGUAUUUAGCGCACAAAUAGCACGUCGCAAUACUUCUCAGACAACAUCGCAUAAAAACAAUAAUGUGCAAUUCGAAACUAGUCGCUUCUGGUCGCGGACAGGAAAUUAACUUAAAUCAAACAAAAAGUGCUCGACACAGUUGACACACGUUCACCGAUGCCGAUGUGAAUAAUUUGGCGAACGGACAAAAUAGUAUUUAUAAUUGUUUAGAAGCAACUUUAUUCCCUAGAGUACGGCAAAGUAUCUCGUUGUGCUUUAGAAUGCGAGAGAAUUUGUGCUUUCUUAAGGUGGAAGCUGUAAACCUGCAAUAAGUUUAACCAAAACGUAUAAUAAGCUUUCUUUGUGCUACCAAACUUGUGAUGACAUUCGAGAGGCAUUUGUUUUGCAACGAUUUCCAAGUGAGGGAGGCCAACUAUGAGUUAGUAAUGAAAACACACGGGUUAAACCAACAUGAAAAGUCGCAGUCUCAGUCAGUCAGAAGCCAAAAAGGCUCUAACAAACUAACCCUCUGUUUGCAUACCCAAAACGGUUGCCGCAUUUGAACACAAAGGACCGAUAGGCUCUUAAAAGCCAGUAGCGUGAUUUCCUAACAGUCGAACCGUGACCGAAGAGAAGAUUUUUGCUGUGGUUGUGACAAUAUUCCAGUAAUGUUAGACAAGAAAUGGAUUUAGUUAUGGUUGUAAAAAUGUUCCGUUUAGAUCCGGUUUCUUCUUUUACACAUUUUUUGUCAUUGGUUUUCGUUUUGUAGUGUGAGCACCAUCCCCGUCGUUUGGAUUUCCUCGGCACAUUUUCCACUCUACGGCACAAAACACCAUUGAUUAAAAUAACCAAGUGGUGCUCUAACGUAACUGAUCUUCAUCUAAUACGGCUUCGUUUAGUGUGUAUUUAUUCUUUAAGUUCCCAUCCACAUCCCCAUAGCAACAGUACCGCUUGUUUUUAUUUGCCUUACUUCACGAGUGAACGAAUUAAUGCACGAAGUAGAAGCGAACGUAGAACGAGCACACCGAGCAAAACAUCACAAGCUUAGAAAAGCACUGGACGGUUUUUGAAGGUAAACUUUUGAGGUAUUGUUCAAUAAGAAAAAAAAAACUACCUACAGGAUCCGCAAUAAAGCAGUAAAAAUAAUACUCAAAAUCAAAUGUGCAAAUU